CGUUGACACGACGCACGCUCAAGAGCUUCGACCUUUAACGAGAAAGAUUCCAUCUAGCCAUCUGAUCGCCUGCGAAAGUGAAUGAAAGCGAAGACAAAGUUGGACGUCCCGAGAAAUUGGAGGAUAACGUUUCCUCCUCGUAAACGAUUUCACUUUUUCUGAGCUAAGUAGGUGUUCGCGGUGGACGGUGGAUGAUUCAAGGGAUUGUUAAGAGACUCGGUUCUUGGACGAUAUCUGGUGUUAGUAAACAAUAGCGAGGUAUUCAUUUCUUAAAGUACUAAUUAAUACACUGGUGAUAAACAUUUGGGAAAAUUUCAAUGAAAGAUCUGUCUUCUAUUGUCUAAAUGAUUGUUAAAAGGGGCAGAUCAGUUCCGUGUCGACAGAACAUGUUGAUGAAAGUGCCAUGAUUUAUACCAUGACUUGUGAGGAGGUGACAUGUGACUACAAAAAUUCAUUAUGAAAUUUAGCUGCGUAUAUUGAAUGGGUCUCGACUGACUUUGCGAGAGAGAUCGAACGCUGGGGUGAAUAUUUCUAAACUCGAAUUUAAUUCGGCGAUUGUUCGAGCUGAUGACAUGAUCCUAUUAAUCGAUUGACACAGGCUAAACGUCCAGGCAACUACGAGAUUCUUAGCUCUGUAAAAAAUAUAAAUCGGAUAUCCGAAAGUACCUAAGUUUUAAUAAACGUUACCCCGGCAGACUGACAGACCGCAAACUCAAGCAGUGCGUGAUGCAGUUGUCCGAAAUGCACUUCACGGUGAGGGACACGUGUGCCAAAGAGUUUCGUCGUGCGAUUGUCGAGCUUUAGUGCACCCGCGCGGAGUCAUCAUUCGCGAGAUCUUUAAUCGGCGCGAGGGUGGGUGAUCCGACUCAGAGCAAUCCCCGGGAAGAGUCCAUCGAAACACGAGAGCGUUCCUGACAAUGGAUUCGCAGCAGCUCGUCGACACGGCCUCGCAGAACAGUCAAGACAUCGUUUUACCGAAACCGGCCAGCAGCACACCGCGACACAGCAUCGACGCGAUCCUCGGUUUGGCCAGCCAUAAAAGGACUCAUCAGGAGAUGGAAGACACCAGUCGCGAUACGCAGGAAAACACCGGUGAGAACAGCUGCAACUCCACCGGCGGCGGCAGCGACGAGGAGCUCGGCGCGGGCUGCGGGGAGGACAUAAACGGCAACGGGGGCAAGAAGAAGCACCGUCGCAACCGGACCACCUUCACGACCUACCAGCUGCACGAGCUCGAGAGAGCGUUCGAGAAGUCCCACUACCCGGACGUCUACUCCAGGGAGGAGCUCGCCAUGAAGGUCAACUUGCCGGAAGUUCGCGUUCAGGUCUGGUUUCAGAACAGGCGAGCCAAGUGGCGUAGGCAGGAGAAAAUGGAGGCUGCGAGACUGGGCUUGAGCGAGUAUCAUCACGCCGCUAAUAUGAGGAACGUUGCCGGUCCAGCUCUAGGUCUGCCAGGGGAUCCUUGGCUCGCGCCGCCAGGAUUGCUCAGCGCGCUUCCCGGUUUCCUCGCUGCGCCUCACACGGGCUAUCCCAGCUAUCUGACGUCACCCAGGCGAUUGCCAUCACCGCCAAACGUUGGCGCUGUGGCAAACCCAGUUCCAGGGUCGUUAGCCAGCAGUAUGGCUAGCAUAAGUGCCGGCGGUCACGUGCAACCACCGCCGCCGAGUCCGCCGGGGCACGAUCCUCGCACCUCGAGCAUCCAAGCACUCAGGAUGCGGGCCAAGGAGCACGUCGAGAGCAUCACCAAAGGUCUGCAAAUGGUCUGA